AUGAGACAGCCAAAUCCAUGGGCCCCCCUCCUAGACGAUCUCAUUCUUACUACGCUACGUGUUGGCUUUUCCCCACCUGCUACCAAGGCAGGCAAGGACAAGAACGAGGUUCAUGGUUUGAGCCUUGCUUUUGGUUACAAGCUCGGCGCUCAUCUCUAUGUUAGCUGGGAAGUGAAAAUCCGAAACCGUUCCUCAUCCAUGGUGAAAGCCCCUCUUCAUCAUCCCACAUCUCGAGAGUUGAUUUCUCCCAGUUUCCAGUCCCACAACCCAUUGAGUAGCACGCCAGUACAGGUACCCCGGACAACAAGGACUGAUGAUUAUCCUUGGUUGGACACCACUUCAAUUGUCACCCCGACCAUCAGUGGCAGGGCUCCUUGCAACCCUUGGUGGUAACCCCGGCGAAAGUCGAGACUAGAGAACCCCAGA